AUGAUUUCACACAAGCGAGAAGUGUCAUUUAGUGACCAACCAUCUUCUUACUUCCGUGAAAGCCAACCAAAGCAGCUUUCGAUAGACACCAAUAACGACCACCUUUCCGUCCCGGGUCCCGCCCAAGCUUAUCAGGAGAGGUCACCAGGUUCUAAUCUAAAUAUAUUGGUGCCAAAACGACAGUACUCAAUUCGAAGAAAAGAUUCUUUGCGCCAAAUGCCUACGCCAGUUUUUGAUAAGGUUUUCCACGGAUACUUCUUCCAGUAUAGUAAUGUUGAACGUUAUGCGCAAAUGUUAAGAUAUUGA